AUGUUUGCCUUCGCAUAUGCGGUAUUUUGUAAAGAAGAUGGACGUCGAUAUGCUGUAAAACGUGCUUUGGAUGCAUUCCGUAGCUCUGCGGAUCGUAAUUUGAAGCUGCGUGAAGUUCAAAAGCAUGAGCUUUUGCCAUCACAUAUCAAUUUGGUGCAAUUCUGCAAAGCUUGGGAAGAAAACGGUCGUCUUUAUAUACUGACUGAAUUGUGCGAAAGAAGUUUGCUGGAUUAUUGCUCCGAAAUACAUACUGUCCCAGAAAAAGAAAUUUGGAAUAUAUUCAUUGAUAUCUUAAGGGCUGUUGAUCAUCUUCAUCGUCAUGAUUUGCUCCAUGUCGACAUCAAACCGGAGAAUAUAUUCCUUACCAAAGAUAAGGUUUGCAAGCUGGGCGACUUCGGGCUCAUCUUUGAUUUGAAAAAUGUUAAAGGCGAUGCAAAGUACCUUGCCCCGGAAGUUCUAAAUGCUGCACCAACGAAGGCUGCCGAUGUGUUCAGCAUUGGAAUAACCAUCCUCGAAGUUACCACGGACUUAGAUUUGCCCUCCAGAGGAGAUACGUGGCACCAAAUUCGUAGCGGAGACAUCCCAGAUAGAUUUUUUAUGGGUGUUUCAAAAGAUCUCACGCGUCUCAUCAAAUGGCUAAUGUCACCUGAUCCGGCGGCUCGUCCCACCACAGCUCAGGCCUUGUCCGAUACAGCGAUUGCUAGCAGAGCAUCGCUGCGAUCAUGCUACUUAGCCUACCAUCAAGCGAUGAGUUUGAUCACUGACCAUUCGAACACCAUUCUAAUGUGGGUCGUCGCACUGAUCCAUUUGCUGGCAAUUCCAUUUUUAAUGUUUUUCGAUGCGCUCAGGAAGAAGAAGAACGACGUAUGCACUACGCCAUACAAAGGAGCUACGCUAUUUGGGACACGCACUCCAGAGGUGAAUGGCUCAAUCAGACAUAAGAGAAUUUCGCGAUGGGGUGAUGAUGACAGUGAUUCAGAAGAGCGCUACUCAAGGCACAGUUUUACAGCGUUGAGCAAGAGAUUUCUUGACAUGGAAGAUCAACCGAGUGGUGGAGAUCCAUUCCCUAGAUACCGUCUAAAUUUUGACGACGAUACUCCUUCAUCAUCUAGCGAAAAGAAUGGAAUGGUAGUCGCUACUCAAAUUUCUGCCAGCACACCGUAA